GCUUUCUGUCUCAUAUUCAUUUGGGGGGAAAACGAGCAUCAGUUGAGUGCAGAGGAUGCCAGACAGGGGCUUUGUUUUACUGCUAAAACUCCAUUGCAUCCUCAGCUCGGUCCAUGCACUCCAGAGAGAAGAUCUUUUCCCCUUUGGUCCACACAGAGGGGACCUGAUCCUGGGGGAAGGCGAUGAUGAGACAUCUCAAGUUGUGAAGCUCAAAAGGCCACUUAUGUUUUAUGACACUCAGUUCCGUAGCCUUUAUGUUGGAACGAAUGGGAUCAUCUCCACCCAGGACUUUCCCAUGGAGACACAGUAUGUGGAUGACGGAUUCCCCACCGAUUUCCCUGUCAUAGCGGCGUACUUAUCAGACAUUGACACAAGUCGUGGCCGAGGGCGGAUAUUUUACAGGGCGGACGAUUCUCCUGACAUCCUCCAUCGCGCUGCUCGGGAGAUCAGGAGAGGGUUCCCUCGCAGCUCUUUCAGCCCCAGCGACGCUUUCAUCGCCACUUGGGAGAACGUGGCGCCUUACGAGGAAGUGACGCGCUCGUCUCCCUCCUCCAACAGGUUCAAUACCUUUCAGGCAGUGUUGGCAUUUGAUGAGUCAAACACCUAUGCAAUCUUUCUAUACCCAGAAGAUGGGCUGCAGUUCUUUGGAACUCGUCCCAAGGAAUCCUACAACGUUCAAAUAGAACUACCUGCUCGGGUGGGCUUCAGCAGAGGAGAAACUGAGUACAUACAAUGGAAGAGAGAUGAGCCUUAUUACAGUCUAACAAGCAAUGAGCAAAGUGUGAAGAAUCUUUAUCAGAUGGGUAAUUCAGGUACUCGAGGAGUAUGGAUUUUCCACAUUGGUGGAGCUUCCCAGUUCAACAAUGUAAUGCAAGCGCAAGCUGGAGAAAAACCUUCACGAGAGAAUAUUGUGACAUUAGACAGUACCUUAAAUGGCCCAGUGAAACUUCAUAUACCUGAACCUGAUUACCCCGAGGUUGACGAUUACGAUGAAGAAUUUGAUGAAGACGACGAUGAAACGUUUGAUUUCUCACCUUUAGCACCCACUGAUCCACGGGAAAGGGUUCAUAAUAUUCCAGAACAACCACCGUAUCCAGAUGCAGGCAUUAUUCCACCACAUCCUGAAGGUUACCCAGAGGCAGGAGUGGUGUCAUCCUAUCCUGAGGCCAGGGGUUUACCAUUGUAUCCUGAGAGGUACCAAGAGGCUGGUUCAUCAAAUCCUCAGCGAUACUCAGAAGCUGAUACCAGACAAUCAUAUCCUGCGAGAUACCCCAACCCUGGGGAAACACACCCUGAGAGAUAUCCCAACCCUGAGGCAACACACCCUGAGAGAUACCCCAACCCUGGGGCAACACACCCUGAGAGAUACCCCAACCCUGGGGCAACACACCCUGAGAGAUACCCCAACCCUGGGGCAACACACCCUGAGAGAUACCCCAACCCCAGGGCAACACACCCUGAGAGAUACCCCAACCCAGGGGCAACACACCCUGAGAGAUACCCCAACCCUGGGGCAACACACCCUGAGAGAUACCCCAACCCUGCGGCAACACACCCUGAGAGAUACCCCAACCCUGGGGCAACACACCCUGAGAGAUACCCCAACCCAGGGGCAACACACCCUGAAAGAUACCCCAACCCUGCGGCAACACACCCUGAGAGAUACCCCAACCCUGGGGCAGCACACCCUGAGAGAUACCCCAACCCUGGGGCAGCACACCCUGAGAGAUACCGAUACCCUGAGAGGCAACCUGAGAGGCACCCUGAGAGGCACCCUGAGAGGCAAUCUGAGAGACAAUCUGAGAGAUACCCUGAGGCGGAACCUUUGCCUGGAAAUCCAUUACCAGCUGCAUCUAAUAGACAUGUGGUCAGCGUGGAAGAAGAAGAAGAAUUGGGCACCGGUGUUUUCACUUACAGUACUGAUGCUCGAGAAACUUGUGAAAGAAACCAGGGUCAAUGUUCCCAAUAUGCCUAUUGUGCAGAUUACUCAAGUGGAUUCUGCUGCCACUGUCAUUCUGGUUACUAUGGAAAUGGACGGCAAUGUCUGGUAGAAGGUACCACGCAGCGUGUGAAUGGAAAAGUAAAUGGGAAAUUAGUGGUUGGAGCCAGCCGCACACCUGUGGAGAUUCGUAAUGCCGACCUGCACGCCUACGUGGUUGUAAGUGAUGGGCGAGCCUACACGGCAAUCAGUCAUAUCCCUGAGUCAGUUGGUUGGGCACUGCAACCAUUGUCAGCAAUUGGAGGUCUUUUUGGGUGGCUCUUUGCACUGCAGCAACCAGGCUUCAAAAAUGGUUUCAGUGUGGCAGGAGCUAAAUUCAUCCGGAAUGUCGACAUCACUUUCUAUCCAGGCAAUGAGAGGUUAAAUAUAAUACAAGUCGCUCAGGGUCUGGAUACACAGAGCUACCUGAGUGUUAUCAUGGAGAUUGAGGGCCAACUCCCUGUUAUUCCCCGUGGUGCUUCAGUUCAGAUCCAGCCAUAUAGGGAAGUCUACCAUCGCUCCAACUCAGUUAUAACAUCUAAAGCCAACAGAGAGUAUUCUGUUCUUUCCAGUGAUGGUGAGACACAGACACUCAGAUAUGAUUUGAGACAGAAUAUCACCUACCAUGACUGCGAACAUUCAUUGAGGACUUUUCCGACCACUCAGCAACUGAACGUUGCUCGUGUUUUUGUGCUAUAUGAUCAGAAGGAGAAAGCGGUUAGAUAUGCAAUGACUAACGAGAUUGGCUCUGUCGAAGAUGAUUUGAAGCCUGAACAUGUGAAUCCAUGUUAUGAUGGAAGCCAUGAUUGUGACGUCAGUGCUCAAUGUUUCCCAGGAUCUGAACAAGCCUACAUUUGCAGAUGUGCAGAGGGCUACCAAGGAGAUGGCAAAGUUUGCACUGACAUUGAUGAAUGUGCUGAUGGUGGUCACUACAGAUGCGGAAGCCAUGCUACCUGUCUCAAUCUCCCAGGAUUGUACAGAUGUGAGUGCCACCACGGCUACCAGUUUGCAGAGGACGGACGCACGUGUGUUCUUGUUGAUAAAUGUGCUGAAGGCAGAUGUCACCCAGCUGCUACUUGCUACAAUAUCCCAGGCUCCUUCGUCUGUCAAUGUAACCCUGGCUAUGAAGGAGAUGGUUUACAGUGCAGGCCUGAAUCAGCAGGCCGUCCAAAGACUGCAUGUGAGCAGGAGCGGGAACGAGUGCAAACACAGUUCAGCCCACGUGGAUCGAGACCAUACUCGGGAAAUUAUGUCCCACAGUGUGAUGACGCAGGAAAGUUCAGGCCACAGCAGUGCCACCAGAGUGAAGGCCAGUGUUGGUGUGUGGAUACGUGGGGACGGGAGAUUGAUGGAACGAGAACAUAUCCUGGAAGUAAUGCUCCACAGUGUGGGCUCCCAGUUACUCCCGACCAUGAAAUGACUGCUUGUGAGCAUCAGCGGGAAAGACUGCAAGCUGAGUACAGCUCACGUGGAGAUCGACCGCAUUUCACCAUCCACAUUCCCCAGUGUGAUGAACACGGCAACUUCAGGCCUGUGCAGUGCCACACCAACAGGAACCAGUGCUGGUGUGUGGACAAGUGGGGACGGGAAGUUCCCGGAACCAGAAAGCCAUCUGGAAUGGAUCAGCCACGCUGUGGGCUGCCAGCACCAACAGAACGUCCCAAGACGGCUUGUGAGAUGCAACGAGAGAGCACGUCAACGGAGUUCGGCCCCCAUGGAUCUCGGCCACACUUUGGAAGCUAUGUUACCCAAUGUGAUGAUGAAGGCAACUACAUUCCACUGCAAUGUCACAGCAGCACAGGCCAGUGUUGGUGUGUUGACGAUUGGGGCCGGGAAAUUCCUGGAACCAAAUCACUGUCUGGAUCUGUUCCACCACAGUGUGGGCCAUUAGUACCAACAGAACGUCCAAAGACUGCAUGUGAGUACCAGCGAGACAAAGUGAAUGCAGAAUACAGCCCACAUGGAGCUCGACCUUCUGUUGGAUUCUAUGCUCCUGAGUGUGAUGAAGAAGGCGAAUUCAGGCCACUUCAAUGUCAUGGCAGUAUUGGCCAGUGCUGGUGUGUGAAUGAAAGGGGACAGGAAAUCCCUGGAUCCAGAACCUUCCCCGGAACUGAUCAACCACAGUGUGGGCUUCCAGAACGACCGAAGACUGCAUGUGAGGACCAGCGAGACAAAGUGAAUGCAGAAUACAGCCUAUAUGGAGCUCGACCGUCUGUUGGAUUUUAUGCUCCUGAGUGUGAUGAAGACGGUAAAUUCAGGCCACUUCAAUGUCAUGGCAGUAUUGGCCAGUGCUGGUGUGUGAAUGAAAGGGGACAGGAAAUCCCUGGAACCAGAAACCUCCCUGGAACUGAUCAACCACGGUGUGGGCUUCCAGAACGACCGAAGACUGCAUGUGAGGACCAGCGAGACAAAGUGAAUGCAGAAUACAGCCUAUAUGGAGCUCGACCGUCUGUUGGAUUUUAUGCUCCUGAGUGUGAUGAAGACGGUAAAUUCAGGCCACUUCAAUGUCAUGGCAGUAUUGGCCAGUGCUGGUGUGUGAAUGAAAGGGGACAGGAAAUCCCUGGAACCAGAAUCCCUGGAACUGAUCAACCACGGUGUGGGCUUCCAGAACGUCCAAAGACUGCAUGUGAGGACCAGCGAGACAGAGUGAAUGCAGAAUACAGCCUAUAUGGAGCUCGACCUUCUGUUGGAUUUUAUGCUCCUGAGUGUGAUGAAGACGGCAAAUUCAGGCCACUUCAAUGUCACGGCAGUAUUGGCCAGUGCUGGUGUGUGAAUGAAAGGGGACAAGAAAUCCCUGGAACCAGAAGCUUCCCUGGAACAGAUCAACCACGGUGUGGGCUUCCAGAACCUACAACACGCCCACAGACUCUGUGUGAGCGAUGGAGACAGAUGUCGGAAACUAGCGGGACAUCAGCUGAUCAGUACGUCCCCCAAUGUGACGAGUAUGGGAACUUUAGUCCCAUGCAGUGCCGUGGAAACCGUGUGUGUUGGUGUGUGGAUAAAGAUGGUCGAGAAAUUCAAGGAACCGGAACCCAGACUGGCAUUCUUCCAGCAUGUAUACCAACGGUUGCACCUCCCACUGUACAGCCCACUCCAUCGUCUCUUGUGACCACUCCAUCUACGGGUACCUUCCUUUUAUAUGCUCAGGGACAGCACAUUGGGUACCUGCCCCUGAAUGGUACUCAGCUAAACACAGAAGGAGCCAAGAGCUUGUUAGCUCUCCAUGGUUCCAUUGUUAUUGGAAUCGAUUACGAUUGUCGGGAAAAGAUGGUUUACUGGACUGAUGUCGCUGGUCGGACCAUUAACCGAAUUAGUUUGGAAAUUGGCGCUGAGCCAGAGAUUAUGAUUAAUUCAGGACUGACUAGUCCUGAAGGGCUGACCAUAGACUACCUCCGCAGACUCAUGUUCUGGACUGACAGCGGAUCAGAUAAAAUAGAAGUUGCAAAGGUGGAUGGCACUCAUCGACGGGUUCUCUUUGAUACUGAUCUGGUGAACCCCAGAGCAAUAGUGGUGGAUUCUCUCAGUGGCAACCUUUACUGGACAGACUGGAAUCGCGAAGCUCCUAAAAUUGAGACUUCUUACAUAGAUGGAACUAAUAGAAGGGUCUUGGUUAAAGAUGACAUUGGAUUGCCCAAUGGGUUGACUUUUGACCCUUUCUCCUUACAACUGUGUUGGGCUGAUGCUGGAACAAAAAACCUGGAGUGCAUAUUUCCAGAUGGCACAGGAAGACAUGUGGUACAGCUUGGCCUAAAUUACCCCUUUAGUAUUGUUGCCUAUUCAAACCACUUCUACUACACAGACUGGAGAAGAGAUGGGGUUAUUGUUGUAAAUAAAGCUAACGGCCAGACUACUGACGAGUUCCUACCAGAUCAACGAUCGCACCUGUAUGGAAUAACUGUGGCCUACCCUAGUUGUCCACAUGGAAGAAAAUAAUACUCUGCUGGUAACAACUAUUGGGUGCCCGUUACAUCUGGAGGAAGAGGAUAUUCCUGUCCAGAGCAGAGUGUUGCAGACAGACUGAUGUGUAUAUCUCCCCCCCACCCCAAAAAACUUUCCAUAUAAUUAUCAUUAAUUCAGCAGGGAAGUAAACAGAACAUUUACCAGCUUUUAAAAUGAGUUACAUAUGUUAUUGUAACUCUACUUUUGGAAGAUUUUGUAUACCUCAUUACCUUUCCACUCCCCUCCCCCCAAUACUGUACUGUCCUUGUAUUUUAGAUAAUGUAGUCCCUUCAAUUCUGAAAACAAAUCUUAAGGAUUAAAGCUAGGAACUAUCUCUGUGGGGGGCCCACAGAAGGUUAUCGUUGCAGUGGGAGAAACCAACAUAUUAUGAUAUAACUUCAAUAGGGAAAAAUGGCAAGAUUUCUGAAAGAUUUUUAUAAAAAAAUCAAAACAACCACUUCCUCACAUCUUCACCGCCUCAAUUUACAGGAGGAAUCAUUCCAUUUAAUACUGAUUUUACGUUGCACACCAAUAAGCCUCUUUCAAAAGUACAAAAACCACACAAUAGAUUUGUUACCAAAAGUGUUACUGUUCAACUGCAAAAUAUUAUAUCUUAAAACAGUACUGGUAGAGAUUCAUUCUGUUCCAAUAAUAGAAAUCCAUAGGAAAUUUGACCUUAUGGAAAGAACUUGAAUUUUUAGGUUUGAAUAGUCAGUUCCCUGUUGACCAAAUUCAGCUGGGAUCCUACGUGGAGUAACAGGGAUCAGCUAUAAUAUCAAUUUUAAUUAUUAAAAACCUAUUAUCUAUUAAAGACCUAUACAUUAUAUUGUAACAGCAAGUUUACAAUGGUGAUUUAUUUUUCACCCUUUGAGAAUAGUUUUGAAUUCUGAGAUUAGUUAUCAAUGGGAUAGACCAAAGACAAGGUCACAUUCUAGGCACUGCAAGAGAGUAAUGUUUCCUACUUAUAAGAGCACAGUGUGAUAGAAGUGAUGUCAGCGCUGACCUGACAAUGUAGAAUUCAGCUAUUUUUCACAACGUAUUUGUAUCGUGGCUGCUGAGACUGUCGACCAAGCUCGUAACAAGGUUCCCUUAUGUUCAGUUUCAGAAAUGUGAAAUUAAUCUUGUGGUAUGUAAAGCAUUCGGGCACCAGCAUGAUUUUAAUAUUCUCUGCCCUUCUAAAUCCUCCAGAUAAAAUUGGGGUACUGUUUCACAAGCUACCUUGCCCAAAUGGCUCUUCACACACGUGAUUCAAAAAUCGUUCAGGGGCAACAUGAGUCCAUUGGCAUUUAGGCUGAAAUUGGCUAAUAGUACAAACCAGGGAUGCAAUUUUACAGCUGCAUAUCACAAGGCCUGACAAGAGACACUGUGCAUUACUUUUACCCACUAAACCAUCAGGGAAGCCGCAAAAAAACAUUUUCUAAUUGUUGCAAAGGUGCUGUUAUACGGACUCAAUAGAUCCUUCAUAUUUUUCUUUAAAAGUGCCUAAAUAGGCUAAAAAAUGUCAGGUAUGCUGAAAUAAUGAGUAGAUUUAUUUAAUACUGGUUACAGUACUUUAGAUAGAUAUUAUUGAACUACAUAAAGUUAUAGCAAAUGUAACCAAAUGGCUACAAUGCAUUAUACAACCGUUUUAUCUCUUGAUAAUUCUCCACCUGCAAGAACAGAUUGCUUACUGAACUUCUGACCAGUGGUGUUUUCAGCCUGUAUAUCUGUAAGGAUUCUAAAAUCUCGUAGCAAGCACUCGAUAAACAGGGGAGGUAAGAAAUUGAGUUUCAAUUGUUUCACGCUUGCUCUUAAUAACAAGUAUCGGUGUAAAAAGUUCACUCCUACUAAACUGAAGCAUUUAUCUUACGGCCUGCAGAAUGCCUAGGUGUAGCAUAUUGAAUUUUAAAUAUGAAUGAUUAAAAUAGACAUUCUAUGUGGUUAAGAACUGUCAAUAGGGGAAAAAAAAUUGAACUAAUCUAUAAAAUAGGACAACAGAAAGCAGUCAAUCCACAUAUUCUCAGAUCCCAGAAAUAUGGAACUGAUUAACUGAAAAUCUAAAUGUCAUUUUCAGAAUUCUAGAUUCCAAACAUGUAAAUAAUUGUAUCACUUAAUACUCAAGUGCUGUGAAAGACAACGGUAAAACUAAUAUUUCAGUGCCUUUUCUAUUGCGCUCCCCUUCUGGUAUAGCAUACUCUGACAUCAUUCGGUUCCAAUUUGGCAACCACAAGCAUGAAAAACUGAGUCAUGGGCAGCAAUCUCUAUUCAUGUCACACAAAGGAGCAUUACACAAAACGUUUCAUCUUAGACUGCCUGUAAUUAGUAUUUUUGAAGCAUAAUUUAAGGUUACAAGUGGAUGAAGACCAGCUACGCUUCAAAUACUUCCCAGUAUAACAUUUAGGAAAUGUCACAACCUUCCCCCUGUAACUAGGAACAUGGACAUACUCUUGGAGGUGGUAAAGGUAAAAGGCCUCUCUAUUAGAUUUAAACAGUAUACAAUGUUAGGCUCUUUUGAGAUUAUUAUAUUUCUGAUCUAAACUGUUUCAUUUUCAAGUGGUACCAACAGCACAUGAACCCAUAAUGGUAUCCUCACUCAAGUUCAGUUUGUGAAUGUCUUUGCAAAUUAAAAUGUGGGAUUUUCCAAUGGUAUGAUUCAAUAAUCUAUACAGUAUUGUUAUCCUUUUUCUAACAUUUAGCUUACACCGUUAAUUGUUGGCCAACUGUAAUCUCUGAUUUAUGUACAGUAAUGCAUUUCAUUGAGUAUUUGUAAUGGUCAUUUUGUAUUUGAAUAUUAUUUCAUUUAUGAAAAAUUGUUGCGUUAAUCCAUGUAAAGUUUUUCCUUGCUGUCCAAUUUAAAUUGUAAAAUUGUCAUGUAACAAAUGUUAAUUAUAUACUUUUGCUGUCAGAUUCAUUGUACAAAAUACUGUAUGACACCUUAGAAGUGUCUAAUGAAACACAAUACUCUUGUAA